AUGCCUCCCAAGAAGCAAGAAUCUUUCGCCCCUGGCGAUGCCGCUAAGGGUGCCAAGCUAUUCCAGACCCGUUGCGCCCAGUGCCACACCGUUGAGGCUGGUGGUGCCCACAAGGUCGGCCCCAACCUGAACGGUCUUUUCGGCCGUAAGACCGGUUCCGCUGAGGGUUACGCCUACACCGACGCCAACAAGCAGGCCGGUGUUGAGUGGAACAACGACACUCUGUUCUCCUACCUCGAGAACCCCAAGAAGUUCAUCCCCGGUACCAAGAUGGCCUUCGGUGGUCUCAAGAAGACCAAGGAGCGCAACGACCUCAUCACUUACCUCCAGGAGGGCUGCGCAUAA